UUCAUGUUUAAGCUAGGCAACUGAUCAGUUAUCUCUGUACCAACUUGAAUAUAAAAGCAGAAGACCGAUGGAUCUUUUUCAUUAAGAAGUUGAACGUAUAACAAGAAGCAACUACCCAACUCGAUAUUCAUUGAGAAGAAUAACUGAAUAGAAUAGCAAGAAGAGAUGAAGCGUUCAAUAUUUAUUCUGCUGGUGUUAAUCGCGAUCGACGCAUCUUCAAGUGAAGUGCUAUUACCUCCACGUCUGGUAAAGCAACCACCGAAGGAUGAAUUACUUUUUCAAGUAGCCCGGCCUGAUGAAGAUCAUAAGCCAUUUGUUAUUGAAUGUGAAGCCGAAGGAUACCCUGCUCCUGCAUACAAAUGGACUAAAAACGGAAAACUUUUCAAAUCAUCUCCAUCUGGCAGUGGUAAUCUAGAAAUUUCUACACCGCAAGAUGAUGAUGAGGGACAGUACCAGUGUUACGCAGUAAAUGAGGCUGGAAUAGCGACGUCCAACUCAGUAUUCGUAAGGAAAGCAGAGUUGAAUGAGUUUCAGGAGACUGAAAUAAAAACAGUGACUGUUAACGAGGGUGAUUCAUUUUAUCUGACUUGUACUGCACCUGAGGGUUGGCCGAAGCCAAUUAUUUAUUGGAUACUUCAAGACUACCGGGGUAACAUUAAGAAUAUUAAUAAUUCCCGCGUAACCAUCGAUCCAGAAGGAACUUUGUGGUUUAGUAACGUUACCCAAGAAGACCUAUCCAAAGACUUUUACUACAGAUGUAUGACUAUGCUUCCAUUUAAUAGUGAAUUCAAGCUUGGCACCAAAAUUUUGUUGAACGUUGUACCUACGGAAUCUUCAGACAGCCAAAAAAAGCGUGAGCCAGUAAUACAGUAUGUAACCAAUCAAAAUAAAGUUGCUUACCGUGGGAAGACAGCUGAAUUAUUCUGCAUAUUCAGUGGUACACCUCUGCCAGAAGUUACAUGGAGCAAAGAUGGUGAAGCUAUAAAAACCUCAGACCGUGUAAGUUAUCGUAACUAUGGGAAGUCAUUGAGAAUGAAAAAUAUUGAUUUUAACGACGAAGGUGUCUAUACUUGUGAAGCAUCAAAUGGUGUUGGGCGUAUCGCUUCUUAUUCAAUUAAUUUAAAAAUUAUGUCAGAACCUUUUUUUACUGUUGAACCGGAAAUAGUAAACGCUGAAGAAGGUGAAGACGUGAAGAUUCAUUGCGAAGCUCAUGGUGAACCCAAGCCAGAUAUUAAAUGGACUUACAAUAGUAAUCCUAUUUUAGAAGCACCCUACAAUCCAAGACUUGAAAUUACUAAAAAUUCAAUUCUUAUAAGAGAUGUAAAUAUUUACGACAUUGCUAAUUACGGAUGCAAUGCGACUAAUACCAUUGGAUAUAUUUACAAAGAUGUAUAUAUCAACGUAUCGGCAGCAAAAGAUGAAACAUCUCAACCACCUAUAGAGUAUACUAGUGUCGAGACAGGAAAAAAUUAAAGACAUUACAUUAAUGUGUCGAGUAUAAUGUAUUCUUAUACAUAUCAAGUGGACCCAAUAAUUGAUAAGAUAUGUAAAAUAUUAUUAUGACUGCAAAAUGUUAGAUUUAUAAAAAAACUACUUUUAUAAUUACAUUAUAGAUUUUAAGGUUCAUGAAAUAAUGUGUAACAAUUUUUUUAUUUUAAAAAUGAAUAGAUUUUGAUA